UUUCCUCCCCGCCUCCGCGCUGCUGCGCGCUGGGGCUCUGGAGCCGACAUGGGCGCCGCCGCGUGGGCAUCGCGACCCAUGGCGCUGCGUGCGUCUCUUCUUUUUCUCCUUCUGCCGCUCCCCGGGCUGCCCGCGGGCUCCUGGGACCCGGCCGGUUACCUGCUCUACUGCCCAUGCAUGGGGCGUUUUGGGAACCAGGCUGAUCACUUCUUGGGCUCCCUGGCGUUUGCAAAGCUGUUGAACCGCACCCUGGCUGUACCUCCUUGGAUUGAGUAUCAGCAUCACAAGCCUCCUUUCACCAAUCUCCAUGUGUCCUACCAGAAGUACUUCAAGCUGGAGCCCCUCCAGGCCUACCAUCGGGUCAUCAGCCUGGAGGACUUCAUGGAGAAUCUGGCACCCACCCACUGGCCCCCUGAGAGGCGAGUUGCAUACUGCUUUGAAGUGGCGGCCCAGCGAAGCUCUGAUAAGAAGACGUGCCCCAUGAAGGAAGGAAACCCCUUUGGCCCGUUUUGGGAUCAGUUUCAUGUGAGUUUCAACAAGUCUGAGCUUUUUGCAGGCAUUUCCUUCAGCGCCUCCUACAAAGACCAGUGGAUCCAGAGAUUUUCUCCUAAGGAGCAUCCAGUUCUGGCCUUGCCAGGGGCCCCAGCCCAGUUCCCUGUCCUGGAGGAGCAUAGGCCACUGCAGAAGUACAUGGUAUGGUCGGACGAGAUGGUGAAGGCAGGAGAGGCCCAGAUCCGCGCCCACCUCAUCCGGCCCUAUGUGGGCAUUCACCUGCGCAUUGGCUCCGACUGGAAGAACGCCUGCGCCAUGCUGAAGGACGGGACUGCGGGCUCCCACUUCAUGGCCUCUCCGCAGUGUGUGGGCUACAGCCGCAGCACAGCGGCCCCCCUCACCAUGUCUAUGUGCCUGCCCGACCUGAAGGAAAUCAAGCGGGCUGUGAAGCUCUGGGUGAGGGCGCUCAACGCCCAGUCAGUCUACAUCGCCACGGAUUCAGAGAGUUAUGUGCCCGAGAUCCAGCACCUGUUCGAGGGGAAGGUGAAGGUGGUGAGCCUGAAGCCUGAGGUGGCCCAGAUCGACUUGUACAUCCUCGGCCAAGCCGACCACUUUAUUGGCAACUGUGUCUCCUCCUUCACGGCCUUCGUGAAGAGAGAACGAGACCUCCAGGGGAGGCUAUCCUCUUUCUUCGGCAUGGACAGGCCCCCACAGCUACGGGAUGAGUUCUGAUCCUGGCUGAGCACAUCACCAGUCUGAGCUGGUCUCUGCAGCCAGGCCUGGCAGCCAGAGUUGCUCUCAGGAUUGAUCCCCAAAGAACAAGCUCUUUUCACCUGCCAAGGACAGAGAAAAGUAUCAGGGACUUCCUAGAAGAGGAAGAUAAUCUAUCUCCCAGGGCACGGGACUUCUAAGCUCCUAAGAGCCGGACCAUCUUCCCUCCUCAUAUGAUUCUGGCUAUUCCUCCUGGGAAUUCCUCACACCAGCAAAGCAGUCCAGCUUCUGUCUUUUGGUCUACCCUGCUCUGAGCAGCCUGGGAUGCUGAACUCUCUUCAGAGAGAUUUUUUACAUAUGUGUGUGUGUGUGUGUGUGUAUGCACACACAUGCAUACACACACACACGUAUAUAUAUAUACAUAUAUAUUUAUAGUUUUGAUACAAGGUCAUGACUACCCUAGAACUCUCCCUCAUUUAAAAAAAAUCAGUGAGGUUCAUUAACGUAGAUACCUGAAGUGACCUUAACUAAAUGUAGAUAAGGCCCAGAAGUGGGUUGGGGGUAUUCACCACUUUUCCAUAUGACCCUCAAAGUGACCCUCAGACUCAUCCCCACUUCCUGGGCCAUUUCCAGGGUUUGGGGCAUGAGUAUUGUCCUCUGUUGUAAACACUAUGCAAAUAGAAGUUCUCAGUCAUGGUGCCCUCCAGUGCUCUGCAGACGGCUAAGUGCUCACACAGCACAUUCCUGGCGAGGAGCACACACCAUCAAGCCCGACUCUGGCAUCUUGGCAUUGCUCUUCAUCAGUUUUUUGGUAGUUGGUGGCCUGCCACAAACCUGGCACCAUCACCAGGGGCCAGAGCUUACUGGCCUGCUGGGAUCCUUCUGAAGGCUUCCAUCUCUUCUGAUCUCUUGCCCUGGGGCCUGGUUGUAGGAUUUUGCCAUUAAGUUGGUAUCCAAGGCCUGUCCUCCCAGCCUUUCUCCCAUAGCUGGAGACAUCAGAUCAUGUGGAAAAAGGUAGUGUUUGCUAAGCCUCUGACCAGACAGAAGAUGCCCCAGAUCCAAGAGCCAUUGGAGUCUCAGUUUAGAACCAAACUUUGUCCCUUCCUAUCUAAUAUAAUUUCUGCCAAUGCCAUGGGGCUUAAAGUGUUAUAAUCUUAAAUUGCUUUGUCUCUCAGAUACUGCAGUUGUAAUAAUCCCUAACUCCUGAGAGUCUGAGUUUUUGACCUCGUGGUUCUAAAAUUCAGGUCUAACACCUGCUGAUCUCUCACCAUCAUGUGACCUCUCUGGGUCUUUGAUCCUGGAAAGGUGAAGAAGCCUGAUGAGAGCCAGGCCCAGGGCUCCACGCAGGAGCUUCUCUUGUGGAUUACCUUUGAGAAGGAAUUCUUUUUUUGUCAAGGCAGACUGGGUCAGAGGUUGCAGGACAACAAGGGUCUCAAAGACCAAAAGUGGCAUUUGCUGCUUAGGGCUGCUGCCCAACUCUAAGCGGGAGAAACUACAGAAAGGGCUUUUGUAUUUGUCCUCUUAGGAAAACAGUGAAAUGUUUUAAAUCCUGGGUGCACUCUGGGAGAUGCUUUAUCUGUUCAGACUUGUUCACGAGCCUCAUUCAAAGACCUGGAGCCCAUGCCCCCCUGCCUCUGUCAGCUGGUUGGGAAAGCAUGGCUCACUGGCUAAUUUUAUUUGCUGUUCACAGCCUCACACUAGGCACAUGCUUUAGAGUUUGGGCUCUAAAGGACCAUCCAAAUCAUCUUGAUUAGUUUCAGCAGUAAUAAUAGCUUGUGUUUCUAGAGGAGAGAGGGUCAGAGUUGUAGUCAGAUUCUGUGUGUUCUGUAGGCAGGCACUUUAUUCCUCUUUGACCCAGUUUCCUCACCAAUAAAAUGGUGAUAAAACCAGCAGGGUUGUUGAAAGGCUCAAGUCAGAUAAAACAUGUACAAGAGCACAUUGUAAACUUGAAAGAGACAAAGGCACAUCUGUGGCUGUUGAUUAAUUUGACUGCCUCUUGCUACACACCUUCUCUGUGCCAGGCACUGUGGUUGUUAAGUGAUUUAUGGGCAUUCUCUGGUUUAGUCCCCACGCCAGCCCUGGGAAGUGGGAACUGUUAUUAUCUUCUUUCUACACAAGGAAAAUUUAAUGCUCAGAUAAUUCUCGUAAUUUUCCCAAGGCCACACAGCUGGUGACAGUAAGCCAGGAUUUGACCUUCCAAAGCCAGUACUAAUAGCCACCUUGCUCUCCUGCCUCCAGUCCACAGGUAUUCUCAAGGAAUUUGCAUUCUAGUAAGUAGAAGACACAAAUGUACCUGGAGGUGUUAGGUGCUAUAAAGGAAAAGAAAGGUCAUGGGGAGGAUACAGAGGAGAAGCAGUGCUGUUUUAGAUAAGAAUCUCAAGGCCUCUGAAGAGCUGCCAGGGAGGAGGGAGGGACAUGUACUUAGGUGUCUGGAGGAAGCACAUUCUCAGCAGAGGAAACAGCAAGUGCAAAGGCCCUGAAGCUGGAGUGAGUGAGUGAAGAAUAGCAAGGCGUCCUUCUGGCCAUAGUGGCAGAACCUAGGCAGGGAAUAGAGCAGUAGAUCAGAGCAGGGUCCUACAGCCUGGAGGGCAGCAGUGAGACUUGGCUUACAUAUGGAGUGAUAGGAAAGCCUUUGUAGGGUCUGAACAGAGGGGAGUCAUGGUCAGAUUUACAUUUUUGAAGGAACUCUCUGGCUUCCAUGUGCAGUAGAGGGGAGGGAGGGAAAGUGGAAGUAGGGAAACCAAUGAGGCUGUUGCAGGGAUGCAGGUGAGAAAGACUACAGGGCAUCAGGCAAAGGUGGUUGCAUUAUAGGUGAUGGGAAGUGGUCAGAUGCUGGAUAUAUAAAAUUAUUUUUAAAUCUCAAUCUUUUUUUAAGAUAUGUCUACAUAGUUUAAAUCAUGCAAUAUAUACAAUUUAAUGUCCUGUUUUUCACUUGAUAGUAUAUCAUAUUUUCCAGGUCAAUAUGUGGCUUGAAUAAACACUUUUAAUAUAAAAUUUCA